UUGACAGUUUCUUGAUGUUUUACAAGUGUCACAUAUACGUCACGCGCAACAUCACACAUGAUAUUGUCUAAACGAGAAUAUCAAAGUCUCCAGUUGUAACGAAAAGACGCGGCGAAGUCUUGUAGCUUCUGAAAAUGUCAACAUGAUGAUGAGUAGGAUAGGUUCAAUCGGUUGGUAAUCGACAUGUCAAUAGAGUACGCUUUGGUUAGCGAGGGCGAAGAAGACGAGCCCAUAGAGUUGCCAACAGAAGAAGAUGGCUCCUUACUUUUGAGCACAGUCACAGCUCAAUUCGCGGGAGCGAGUGGUCUUAAAUACCGGGUUGGUGGUCGGCUCCGGGGCUUGCGUCUCGUAGAGGAGAGGGUGUCGCCCCCGCCUGGGGGCUGGGCGGCACAUCGCUAUUUCUGCGCAUUCCCUCGGGCCAGCGCCCCACCAUCGCGUCCUCGUUGCUCGGAUCUAAUAGUGCUGGGCUUGCCGUGGAAGACCGGUGAGGAUGCAGUUCGUGAAUAUUUUUCUUCAUUUGGUGAGUUACUAAUGGUACAAGUGAAGCGAGACGCUAAAACGGGUUUAUCUAAAGGUUUUGGAUUCAUAAAGUUUGCUGAAUAUGAAGCACAAGUGCGUGCCCUGGGUCGGCGGCACAUGAUCGAUGGUCGCUGGUGUGACGUGCGUAUUCCCAACAGCAAAGAUGGUGGCGCUGCCGCACACCGCAAGGUAUUCGUCGGCAGAUGUACCGAGAGCCUCACUGCGGAAGAUUUACGCGAGUAUUUUGGUGCCUUCGGUCAAGUGACAGAUGUGUUUGUGCCCCGUCCUUUUCGCGCUUUUAGCUUUGUUACAUUUCUGGACCCAGAAGUAGCCCAGUCUCUGUGCGGGCAGGACCAUAUUAUCAAAGGUGUGUCGGUGAAUAUUUCAACUGCUUCUCCUAAGAGAGACAGAGGCUCUCGUUCACAGCUGCUCGGGUGGGGUCUCAUGGAAGGCAGUGCGGCACGCGUAUAUAGCUGGCCGCCAGAAGCGUGGCCGGCGCACCCACAGCACGCGCCACCAGCACCUUCCGCGCCCGCCGCACCUGUUUCACCUGCUCGGGAUGCCAAGCCCUACCUCAAGUACCACUGAGACACCACAUCUACCAUUGUUAAAUACUUACAGAUUUUAUAUCAAAGCAAAUAUGUAAAUAAUAUAAUAAUAUACAAUAGUAGGAAACAAAGUUACCUGUUUGUAUUUUAGUUCAUAUUUUUAAGGUCAAAAACUAAUUUCAUUUUAAAAAUUAUAUAAGUACUAAAACAAUAUAUUUUAAUUUAAGUAAUUAUGUGUUUAAAAUCUUGGUAAAACCGAGGCAAUGUAGCACGUAGAGAGAACUGUGUAAGUUAUAACUAACACUAUUUGGUUUUUAAAUUUGGAGUAAUGUGACCACAGGAAGUGUUUCUAGUGAUUUGGAUGUGUAUAGAUAGAUAUAUAUAUAGAUAUAUAGAGUGAGCCAACCUACUGUUAUUAUCUGUGUCUGUAGAAAAAUAAAUUCUGGCAAGAAUAUUAAAUAAGAAUUUUUGUGUGCCUUGAUUAUGAUAGUUAAUGAACAUUGUAUAUAAAUAACUGCAACACAAAUUAAAUAUCUAGUGCACUGGCAGUACACUGCUGCACAUAUUUUAUAACAUUUAGGUUACUCCGUUUGCUUUCACUUUAAAAUACAGCAAAUCUCCUCAGUAGCAAAAUAACUAUAAUUCUUAAAAGAAUUGUGUUUAUUUCAAUAACUAAUGUUUGUGUAAUUCUAUUGCCGUCAUUGAUAUUCAUAUUUAAAUAUGAUCUGAAGGAACAAAA